UUCUCUCAGCUGGUUCACACCGCCAUUGCCUGUGGGCCGGGAACUUGCCAUAUUUACAGCGGCCAGCAGGGGGUGCACACAAAGCCUGUACUUUACAUAUUACAUUGAAGCGCGUCCUGUGAUUGUAUAGAGCGCCCCCUACUGCCGACGUCUAGCACACAAUGGCUUCCCUAUGUAUUCUCCUAAUGCAGCGAUCACUUCAGCCAUCGUGUUCCCCUUUAUAAUGUAUGUGGCAAAGGCUGUCAAUCAUCGUGAUCCUAGGCUCGUCCAGUCAGCUAUGCGAGCGGAGCCAUAGUGGGGCCAGCCUAUGCUAAGUACCCCAGCUUUGUGCAGUGCCCCCAGUGCCCGGCCUGCAGUAUUACCCCUCCCCCACCACACACACACACACACACACCAGCAGGCUAGCCUCCCGAGCAGCCAACUACCCCGGCGCAGACUGCAGCCUCCCCUCCCCCACGCAGGCUCCGCACGCCUCCCGUCCUCUUCCAGGAGAGCAGCAGUGGCCGCAGCGUGCAGUGCGGGGGGAGCAGGCCAGUGGACCGGGCCUAGCGCCGUGUGAUGAGGGGCAGGCGCACGGUCAGUGCCUGCACAGGAUGGAUGAAGCCUGUAAUCUAGGCAGGCUCAACAGUGCUGCUGGAUACUACAACUCCAUAGAGGCCAAUGCCCCCUAUAAAAGGUGCCUGGAGCCACGCACUCGCUGCAACACACCAUUGACUUCUACCCUGCAAAAUACCCCAGGAUAUGGGCAGGAUUCCUCUUCCCAUUACAUUCCUCUACAAAGGCUCCAAGACCUCGCCUCUAUGAUGGAUAUAGAAGACUUGAACGGAUCACAUGAAAUGGAAAGACCCGAAGCCAAUUCCCAAUCGUAUUUCUAUAAUUGUAAUGAGCCGGCGAUUCAGGCCGCCAGACCGGAUCCCAACCAUGGCUAUGCAGACGCUCCUUUAAAGUUCAAUAAACCUGUAAAAAAUGGAAUGCACCCUUUGGAUUCUUACCAUCACAUGGACCCUGAAUAUGGCAUGGAGCAUCUAAAUUAUAAUCUAGAGGAAUCUGGAUUUGGCAUGGAAUUGCCUGCGUAUGGACAGCAGUCUUCAUCAGUAGAAAGUAUUGGGGAAACUGACACCAAGAUAAGCACCGCUCCAGGCUUUGAUACUGAAUUAGCGGAUUUGGUUCCCUUAGAUUGGGGAGAAGAUGGUGAAAAUCCACUGCAGAGUAAGGACAUGGAGAGAAAAACUUCUUUUUUAGCAAUGAUUCAAGACCCAGAAAUUCCUAAUGGGGCCCAUGCCAGUGCAUUAUCAGACAGCCUUUUAGCUCCCGCUCAAUUGGAUAAGCUUGGUGGCCAAGGUCCACUUUCUUUGCACGGAGAUGAAUCAAUGUCUCUAGAUGAAGAUCUAGAAGUUUCUGAAGAAAACCAUGAACUUUCUCCUGGGAACUUGGAUUUACAAGAUAGACAGCCAAGGAGAAAAAUACCUGUCCCCAUGUUUGAAGAAGGGGAUGUUGUUUGGGCAAAAUUCGGUCAACGCCCGUGGUGGCCAUGCAGAAUUUGUGCUGAUCCUCGGCAGGAUGUCAAAGAAGUAGACACUAAAAACCCACCUCGGCAGUAUUAUGUGGAAACUUUGGGAGAGCUUACUGAGAAGGUUUGGGUUACUUCUAAAGCAGUUGUUCGUUUCAAAGGGAUAUAUCAGUUUGAAAGAUUGCCAGACUCGCAACAUCCUCAAAAGAUAAAGGAAAGUUUUCACAAGAUUCCAUCUAAACUCCUAUCACAAUGGCAGUCAAGCAUUGCCCAUGCUGUAGACUGCCUUUCCAAGACAGAAUAUGGAGAUCUUGUGCAUCUUGGAAGUCAUGCUGAUCAACAAGUGGAGUAUGCUGAAAAGGAGUUCAAUGGCACAAUGAACAGCGGAUUGAAUGGUUAUGUCAAGUCCACUGUGCUUACCCCUCUCCCAUCCCCUUGCGAUAAAAUAAACUCUGUUAAUAAAAAAGGCAUUAGCCAUAAGCCUAUAACGAAGAUUGCUGCCAACACCAAACAGUUGCAUGAAGACUCUGUUAACUCUAUAAAACCAAUGUCUCCCGAUUAUUUGUGUAGCAAAAUCGACGAUACUAAGUUUACAUUCUCACAGAAGGAGGUUAAUGCCGGACAAGGAUUUAAUGACACCUACCACCUUAAUCAGGAAGUUAGUUCCAGGGCAAAUAGUUGUGAUUUAACUUCCGGCAUUUCCUCAAAGUUGUGUGAGAACAGUGCCUGUCUUGUGGAGCAAGAUCCUUGCUUGGUGGAAACAAAAUCUCAGAGUGACAGUGAGUCCUCUACAUCUGAACUCUUUAAUCUUCAGACUGAUAUGAGUCCUAAGCAGUGUGAAAGGUCAGAAGGAUUGUUGACAGGAAUUAGUAAAAAUAAGAAACGGGCAAGAGACUCCUCUGUAUCCAGCCCUGUAAACAAGAAGCCUGCUACAUUUAAAGAAUUACAGGAAUGCAACAAAGACACAAAGUCCCCUAAUAAAGAGCAGCCCAUGAUGGCCGAUAAAUUGGACAGUCCAAGUGCGCAGAGUAAUGAGGGUUUUCCAAGUGACUCUCAAUCAUACAAAACCACUGUUAUUUCUUCAGCAUCAGAUUCUUCUCUGAAUUUAGUGUUUAGAGGUAACAGUGAACAUAACAAUUCAACUAUGGAAGAAAUGCCUCUAAAAGUAGAUAACGAUUCUUGUUCAGAUGUGGAGAAUUUAUCAUUGCAUCCAGAACCUGAAAAUGUUAAGGUAAGCUCCACAACUGGAAAUGAGGAUCUGCCAGCAGUUACUAUGAAUUGUCAUAGAAGAUCUUGUGGUCCUUUACAGGUGGGGGAAGUCAAGCAUUUAAUGUCUGGACUAAAGGAACCAUCCAGUAGGGCAGGUAAAGAGGACACUUGUGAAAGCGCAGACGCAGAACAAUCUCAGCAGAAUAAAAUUCCCAUGGAACCAGGUUAUGAAUAUAGCACCCUAUUGAUGAUGAUCAAAGAUAUGCAUGAUUCCAAGGCAAAGGAGCGGCAAAUAAUGACUGGACAGAAUACAGAUUCCAUGUAUAGCCGUCAAGACAUCUCUUCUGAAAAAAGAUCAGUGAUGGUAUGUAAGCAGUCAAUGACUAGUGUGAAGUCUGACUAUAAGCCUAAUGACAGUACCAGUUCUGUGAUGGUUGACUCUGCUAAAUUACUGUCUAGUGCACCACCUCGGCCUGUGUCCGUAGGUAGUGUGGACAAUUCACUAAACCUUAAUUGUAAAGUAGCUUGCUCAAACAAAAGAUUUAUAAAACCAUGUAUUCUGCAGAAAAGAAGAGUCCAGACUACAGAAAAACAAAUUUUGGAUAAAUCAAUUAACUCAAUUUGUGAGGGCAACUCGUCUUCAGUUCUUGCAAAACACUCAUUUGCUGGAAGUGCACUUGGUGGGACAGAGCUGGAUUCUUCCUUCCACUGCAAGCCAUCCCCCAAAAAAGAGACACUAACAAAAGAAAAUGUAGGUACUUUUGCCCAGUCAGUUGUAAAAACCCAUGAUGCAAGGAAAGCACAGCCUCACCAAAGCCAUAACAGUGAAGUGCUGGUUGCAGCAGAAUCUGAACAACAGAGUGCUGAGUGCCUAGGAUUGGAUGAGUCUGAGUCGAACUGUGUUGCACCAAAAAAGCGCUGGCAAAGGUUUAAGCAAACUGGUAAAGUGAGCCAAAGCAGUAGCUCUUGUAGCCUUCCUACUGCCAAUCAGCUUGACAAAGAAGAGACGGCACCUCAGCAGUCGGAUUCUCCUGCUGCAAUUUCAGCAACUGGGUUUUCUGAAGUGGUAACACAAGCAGGACCACCUAAGCGAGGGACAAAUUGGGGUAGAAAACACAGAAGAAAAUCCAAAAAGCGAGCCCUAAAUCAUGCAGAUGAUCUCUGGACAUCCGUCGCUUCAAAGAAGCGGAAUUGCAGUCAGCCUGUUGCUUCUUCUCUGCCUGAUGUCCCUAAAGAGAGAGGCCGCGUAGGACGCCCACGUAAUAGUGACCGAAUUAAGGAUAUUGACGAACAGUCCCUGCAGUCAACUUGUGAUACAAAUGAUGGAUCAGCUGUGGAAACAAAUUCUCCAGGGUUUUUUUGCAGUAAUGUUUCCAUAAAAACUGAGAAUACUACUCCAUCAUUGUCUUCAGAUGUGUCUGAGCAACCUGAUGGGGGUGCAGAGUCAAAGCAAGCACAAUGUAGGAGCAGGCGCAAGAGUAAGCUUAUUCCCAGAGUGUGUGAAUUUGAUGACUUGGAUGAACAGCUUGGCCUUAAAGAGGAAGAAGAGGAAAAUACUUUCACCCCUUCAAAGCCUUCAGUGUCAGUCCCUCAGAAAAAAAGUUCCCGGAAGCGUAUCCGAUACCGAGCAGCAUCCAGCAGGCUAUCUGAGAAUCGAAAGCGUCGAAAACGACUAAGACUUGCUGGCAGAUUUAAAAAGGAAAAAACCCGAAUGCGUCGGGAAUCAUCAAUUUCCGAGAGAGAGCUCCAUGAAAAUGGUGCAGCCAGUCCAAGUGACACAGCUGAAGAAGGUCUGGAGCAUGAACAUGGAUCUACCUUUAAGAAGGCACAAUUUGAGCGAGGUGGUGGUGGAGCUGCCAUGAAAGAGAAUGUGUGUCAGGUGUGUGAAAAACCAGGAGAGCUGCUGCUGUGUGAAGCUCAGUGCUGUGGAGCAUUUCACUUGCAGUGCCUUGGUUUAAAAGACAUGCCUCGGGGAAAAUUUAUAUGCAGUGAGUGCUCUUCAGGUGUCCAUACCUGUUUUGUAUGCAAAUCCUCAGAUGAAGGAGUUAAACGCUGCUCACUUCCUCUGUGCGGAAAGUACUACCAUGAAGAUUGCGCUUUUAAUUAUUUUGGGACCCUUCAACUGAACAAAGGGUUCCGCUGUUCUUUACAUGUCUGCGUCACAUGUCAUUCCAACAACCCUGGCAAUCCAUCUGCUUCAAAAGGUCGUUUGAUGAGAUGUGUACGAUGCCCAGUUGCUUAUCAUGCCAACGAUUUCUGUCAGGCCGCAGGAACAGUUACUUUGGCUUCUAAUAGUAUUAUUUGCCCAAACCACUUUACUCCUCGCAGAAAUUGUAAGAACCAUGAGCAUAUUAAUGUCAGCUGGUGUUUUGUGUGCUCGGAAGGGGGAAGUCUUCUUUGUUGUGAGUCCUGUCCAGCUGCUUUUCACCGUGAAUGUCUUAACAUUGACAUGCCAGAGGGAAACUGGUUCUGCAAUGACUGUAAAGCUGGCAAAAAGCCUCAUUACAAAGAAGUGUAUUGGGUUAAAGUCGGGAGAUACAGGUGGUGGCCUGCUGAGGUUUGUCAUCCUAAGACCAUUCCAACAAAUAUCCAGAAGAUGAAACAUGAUAUUGGAGAGUUUCCAGUCUUGUUUUUCGGUUCUAAGGACUACUUAUGGACUCACCAGGCUAGGGUAUUUCCUUACAUGGAGGGAGAUGCUCUUAACAAAGAUAAGAUGAGCAAGGGAGUAGAUGCCGUUUACAAGAAAGGUCUGAUGGAAGCUGCAGAAAGAUUUGAAGAGUUAAAAGCACAGAAAGAAAUGAGACAACUACAAGAGGAAAAGAAAAAUGAUAAAAAGCCACCACCUUAUAAGCACAUUAAAGUUAACAGACCCGUCGGGAAGGUUCAAAUCUUAACUGCUGAUCUGUCAGAAAUUCCACGUUGUAACUGUAAAGCCUCAGAUGAGAACCCUUGUGGUCAGGACUCUGAAUGCAUUAACCGUAUGCUGCUGUAUGAAUGCCAUCCUUCUGUGUGCCCUGCCGGUGAAAGCUGCCAGAAUCAGGCUUUCUCUAAACGUCAGUAUCCAGAAGUGGAGAUUUUCCGAACUCUGAGCAGAGGUUGGGGGCUACGUUGCAAGACUGAUAUUAAAAAAGGUGAAUUUGUAAAUGAGUAUGUGGGAGAAAUGAUUGAUGAAGAAGAAUGUCAUGCUCGAAUCCGCUAUGCCCAGGAACAUGAUAUCUCAAACUUCUACAUGCUUACCCUUGAUAAGGAUCGUGUCAUUGAUGCUGGGCCAAAGGGAAAUUUUGCACGUUUUAUGAACCACUGCUGCCAGCCAAACUGCGAAACUCAGAAAUGGACUGUGAAUGGUGACACCCGAGUGGGUCUUUUUGCCCUGUGUGACGUUAAAGCUGGAACAGAGUUAACUUUCAACUACAACUUGGAAUGUCUUGGAAAUGGGAAGACUGUGUGUAAAUGUGGCGCUCCAAAUUGCAGUGGUUUCCUUGGUGUUAGGCCUAAGAAUCAAACUGCUGUUGCUGAAGAUAGGGCCAGGAGAAAAUAUGUGAAGCGCAAGAAAGCGGAGAUGGUUAAAGAGCAUGAAGAUGAGUGUUUCAGUUGUGGAGAUGGGGGACAGCUUGUAUCCUGCAAAAAGCCUGGUUGCCCUAAAGUAUACCAUGCAGACUGCUUAAGUUUAACUCGAAGACCUGCAGGCAAGUGGGAAUGUCCGUGGCAUCAGUGUGAUGUCUGUAGCAAGGAGGCAGCUUCAUUCUGUGAAAUGUGUCCAAGUUCCUUCUGCAAGCUUCACCGUGAGGGCAUGCUCUUCAUCUCCAAGCUGGAUGGACGGUUAUCCUGUACAGAGCAUGACCCAUGUGGACCACAUCCUUUGGAGCCAGGGGAAAUUCGAGAAUCUGAAUCGUCUUCAACAGAAAAUGUGUCUCAACCAUCAAAGGACACAGUACGCAAUGUCAAGGAGAAAUCGACAAGUAAUAAGCAGAAGGUGCCACUAACAAAAAUGCUGAUGGCUCCCUCAGUUACUAGUACCUCAGAAUCUGGUAAUGUGUUGCUGGCUCUUGGGGGAAAUUCGCUGCCUUCUGCGAAGGUUUUGGUAGGUUCCACCGAGAAAACAUCUCUACCAGCUGGCAAAUUACUUCUGACCCCUGGUAUACGUAAAUCACCUGUGGGGGGAAAACUGUUUCUUGCAUCAUCUGCACAGAAAUCCUUGCCUGCAGGUAAAGUCCUCUUGGCUUCCUUAGGAAAAAAAUCCUUAUCCCCUGGUAAGGUUUUAUUAGCUUCUAUAGGUAAGAAAAAUCUACCUGCUGGGAAGGUUCUGUUGACUUCUGUAGGGAAGGGUUCCUCUUCAUCAGUUAGUAGAGUGCUGCUAUCUCCUAGAGGGAAACAGUCUAUACCAACUGGAAAGGUUGUAUUGGCAACUGCUGGAAAAUACCCAAUAGAGGCGGGAAAGGUCCUCUUGACGACAACUACUGCUGUAAGACGACAGAGCACUGAAGAAAAACCUGAUGAUGAUGAAGAUGAUGACGACGACGACGACGAUGAUGAUGAAGAUGACGACGAUGAUGAUGAAGAUGACGACGACAACGAUGAUGAUGAUGAUGAUGAUGAUGAAGAUGAUGACGAUGAUGACAAAGAUCCGAAAGAGAAACCUGAUCAUGUUGAUACAUGUCCGGAUGAAAUAGAAAUGGACAAUGCUGUUCAUCCUGUAAAAACACCAUUGCUUGAUUCAGAAGACAACUGUGAUUCUUUACAGGAACAAUUGACCCCAGUCUCUACUGAACAGAAAGAAAGUAGUCUCCAAAAAGAGCAUCUAGAAAGUGUUACAAAUCUGCCCCCUGAUACUGUAGAACAGUCAAAUAGAUCACCUAACCAUACAGGUGCGUAUGAGCCAAACACUUAUAAGGAAACACAUUCUUUGGCAAUGGAGAAAAAAAGACCUAUUACUCCAUCACCUUUGGAGGAGCCAGCUGAUUUAGAACAGAACUUGGACCCUGCCUUACAAAACCAAACCGAUGAUGAAAAAACCUCCAACAAUCCACCUGGAGAUCUUUCAUCUGGCAGAGUAAAAAAAACAUUGCUUGAGGUUCAGCCGGAGGAGUCUGUUUCUGUAGAUCAAAAUGUUGCUACUGAUUGUCAGCCAAAAACUGCAUCUAGUCCUUGUCCAGCACCCGCUGUGUCUAUAGCACCGGACAAGGACUGACACCUAGGACUAAACUAGAGGACAUUUGGAGAUGAUUUGUUGUGACUGGCUGAGUUAUACCACAUAUCUUGAAUGUGGCUGUCAUGUGCACGCACAAAACAGCUGCAGCAUAAUCUAUAUGGAGACAGUCAUCACGCCGGCUGCUGCAUUUAGUUUUUGCUUUUUAGUUGUUGGCUUCUUGCAGUUAGAGACUUCCAAAUCACAUGACUGAUGAACUACUUAUGUCUCAUAACGCAUCAGUGGGUUCUCGUGUCUAGUACAUAAUCAGGUCAAACGCUUUUCUUUGAAAGAGGCUGUGUUCUGUAGAAGAGCAAUAAGGCACUUCUGUCAGUGUGGUAACUCUGCAAAUAAUGCUAUGGGCCUUGAUGGCAGGGAAAAGAGAGAGGUGCCUUAUUAAAAUGUUGUAUUUUAAGCUGUGGAUUUCAGGAAAUCUUUAAAUGCCAAUGGACCUCAAUGGAUUGUGUGUGUUUGGGUUAGAAUACUUGUUUCUUGCCUGGUCAACUUAUUCUAAUGUUGUGAUCUGUUACUGCAUGUCUGAGGUUUGUUCCUGUGACAUCAGGUUGUAGUAUUUGGACACAGAACCUCACGGUAUUUGUUACUCAUGCCAAAGUACACCUACCAAUGUAGACUUGUAUUAUGGCAUGUGUUGUAGGCUGUUGCUGCAGUAUUAAAUCAUUAAUGUGAAUCCUUCCAUUGAACCAUGCAGAUUACAUCAUCUGGUAAGUGACCAGUGUCGAUCCAAGAAAAAACUUGAGCCCUAAAGUGAUCAUAAGGGAAAGGAAAAAGUAGAAUCCCACAUGCAUAAUGCUGUUAACCUGCCUAUUGUAUUGGUAUUUGCAGCUAAAAGAUCCCUCCAGAAUCAUGUAAAUUUCUUCAAAUAGGGACCGCAAAGGUCCCUGUGUGAGCAAAGAGAAUUGUGAGAAUAAAGCUUUAUCGUUUUAUAAUGAAAAGGUUUGACACUUUCUACUAUGUUGUGUUUCAGUUUCUUACCAUUUUCUGUGUAGAAAGUAAAAAAAAAAAUUCGACUGCCUCUUUACUGGUUUUUAGAAAGCUAAGCAGCCUAAUACUGUACAUUUCACCUACCCUGAUAUAUUAUAGCAGUCUUGUGUCUAAAUUACCAGGAUAGAAGGGAGGUUGUGUUGUAAAUGGAUUUAUUAAAGAUCUUAAAAAUGGUGAGGAGCUGAAACACGAAAUAUAACAGAAAGUUGGAGAGCUUUUCAUUUAUACACGGAUUAAGCAUUAUUUAUAGAAAACCAAUGCAGCUGUAACUGUGGAAUCCUUUAUUUCCUUUUUGUCAACUAUGAAAUGAAAAAUGCAUUAUAUUGUACUGUGCUCAGGCCUUUCCUUGCACUUUGGAUUUGGGCCUGAAGUGACUGCGGGCUGUGUAUGGAGACAUAUUGCCUAAGUGGACAAGAGAGAGUCAGCCACAUAGUAGAGGUCAUAUUAAGGGUUGCAGUGGUCACGUCAGUCCCUCACACACCACACUAAAAUGUUUCUGCACAUUAAACUCACACCUGCCUCUAUUGAAUCCUGAGCUACCUUACGAUGGCAAUUUUGGUGCUAUGGGCAGCUGUGCUUAAUGUUUUACUGUAUGUUUUUUUUUUUUCUUCUUUUUUUUAUAUUUCGAUGUAAACAUUGGUGUUGGUGUCUUCACCAGUGCCUCUAUGACAUGAGUUGAAGUUUCACUUUCACAUUUUUGUUUAUCUGGUCCUGUGAACAUUUGUAAAUUUUAACUUUCAAUGGUUUGGUUUAGCGUGCCGAAAAUUUUUAUAUUUUUUUGUUUAUUAAUAAACUAGACCAUUGUGAUUUUAAAACGUUGUAAAUGCAUGAAUGUUGCAGAAUCGUUUUUUCUUUUUGUGCAUAUUCUUUUUUUUUGCAGCAAAAAUGUAUCUCUUUUUCUCUUCUUUCUUAUACACAUGCCCAGCCAAUUCCAGCAGAGCUUCAAGAUGAAUUGUAAGGAUCACUACUGGAGAAUUAUGCCAUCCUCUACAUAAAUUGACUGGGUGUGUAACAUCUCUCUGAUUCCAGCUAUAUUCCUGAGGCAGUGGUCAGGUCAUAGCAACAGAAGAGGUGAGGCAGUCCUGUACUACAUAAAGCACAUAAGGGGUGCGGCGCAAACUAUGCCUGAUCUGGUGUAGACAAAUGCCUUGUUUUUAACAAUGAGAAUGUCAGGUAGUCUUUUUAUAUUUAUCCUGCAGCCGGCAUAUGAAGGCAAAGUAUAGUACAUCCAAAAAUGGGAAACAUUCCGUCUAAUCCUAUCGUUGAGUAUUCCAUUCUGUGUAUGUUUUAACCCAUUACCACUGAUAUUGUUUGAGGACUAACGUGGACAGAGAUUGCAGUUCUAGCCUCUUGAAUAAGCCUACUUGAAAUACCAUGUUCAAGACUCCACAUUCACUGGUGCUACCCAACUGUAGAGAAGCAAAGCUAUUUUCUGAAUUCCAGUUCCAUCCUCCUGACUUUACAUAAGUGAUCUGAAUGACUGAAGAGAUACUGGGUGUAACGCUCUUCAAUACAUCUUGAGAAGGCAGCACGUAUGAGAUAACUGGUUCCUUUUUUUCUUCUUUGUUGUGUAACUAGGCUCUUGCAUUUUGUCAUUAGUGGAAGGUGGUUGUGCACCUUCUAUGAAUAUGUACUGUAAUUCUUUGUAUAUAGAAGAAAACACGAUACUGUAAAGUUUAAGUCUACUCUGGACUCCUGUCUUAUUGUUUUUGUUUGUUUUCUGUUCAGGAACUUAGUUGAACAGAUUUUCUCAUCUACACUAGGCUUCUUUCCAAAUAAAUUAGA